AUGACCAGUGAACAUAAAUACCCAUGCGUUGUUGGAAUAAGUUUUGAUGAUGAUUCUACAAUUGCUAUUGCUCACGUCCUGGAACCAUUCAAUAUAAUCGAACUUUUAUCCAUCAAGAAAGAGGAAGAAAAAUCCUUUUCAAAAUUAUGGCUUAUGAAAAAGAGACGGGAGAUGCUGUGUGAUGCCAGUGAAAGUGAGAAAGAUCUCAUGGACGCAAUUUCGGAAGUGUUUGAUUAUGGUGUUACGUUUUCAGACUUCAAGGAGUAUCUCUUCAACAUUCAGACGACGGACGAGGAAUUCGACAAGUUUAAGGAAGGCCUUACUUUGAAAAAAUUGUUGACAGAUUAUCUGUCACUCAUUGUUCAUAUUGCAACCGAAAAAUUAGAGGUGUCUGACGAAAUUAAGAAGAGUAGAUAUUCUAAUGAUUUUAACAAAGCAAACAUUCGUUAUUGCUUUGUGUGUCCCCAGUCUCUUCGGGAUUUCGUGACUGAAUGUCUUGUUGAAGCUGAAAUCAUACAAGAACCUGAAGUUCAUGAGCGAAUCUCCUUUGUUACUGAGGUGGAAGCCGUUGCCUAUAGUCUUAUUUCUUUAUUCGGCAGUCUAACCGAGCUUACUCCCAAUCAAAGUUAUCUUAUUUGUAACGUAAGCGAACUUGCUUUUGGUAUAGCUGAGAUCAACGUGGACACUACCGAAUCUCUUAGUACGGUUGAAUUGCUCUAUGAAAGUUCGGAUUAUGGAUCAACUGUUUUACAACAAAAUUUUAGAGAUUAUUUAAAAGCAAAUUGUGUCGAAUUAAAUUUGAAUUAUUCAAUUAUAGAUGAUUUAGUUAUCAGCUUUAACGACCAAUUCGGAGGAAAUGUAUGGAACCAGUCAAGUAUCCGAAACUUUAUAUUUCCAGACCUUCCAGACCAUCAUGGUCCCAGCAGGGAAAACCCCAAAACGAAUGCCUUCAUCAAUUUCCUGGACGCCAAUGAAAACCCAAUUACAAUCACUUUUGGCGAUUUAAACCGAUUUAUUUAUGUACCAUUUUUUAAACACCUUACUCAACGCAUCAUUGAUAGUUUUAAAAGCCUGGAAAAUCGCAAACUCAUUUUAUCCGGCAAGUAUGGCUACGACUCUCAUAUUAUGGACUACUUGGUGUACAAUAACGACAAAACGUUUUUGGAACGUGCUGGUAUACUACAUGGUGGUUACAUCAGGGAGUCUUUUGGGGCAGUCUCUGCAACAAUGAGACUAAAAGAAUUUCAAUUACCAUUUUUAAUUGAUGAUGCGGUUGAUGAACAUGAGAGUGACAAUGCGUAUGAAACCGAGAAUACCAAUCAAAAUUUUGAUUUUAUUUUGGUCGGUCGUAUGCUGGGUGCUCUUACGUUGAUCUCCGGAAUGCCGCAUUAUAUGCAAUAUUUAACGGAUAAUGAUGAUGGCUAUCACGAUUUUGAUCUGGAUGGAUCAACAAUGUCAAAAGCUAUGCUUAGACAUGCUUCUAUGGAGAAAACCGUACUUUUAAACGAUAAUACAACCCUUCGUAUAAGAAAUGAAGACAUGAAAACUGAUAUAGUUGAUCCCGUUGUCAAUGAUGUUCUUGAUAUUAUAAAAAAGCAAUGCGCGCUAACCGAAGAUAUUGGAAUGAAAAUUGAAGGAAUCAUUAUGGUCGGUGGUUUCUCUCAAUCCAAGUAUCUACAAAAGCAGAUCAAAAAAGAAUUUCGAGGUGUCUACAAAGUCAUUUUACCUGAUGAACCGAUUAACGCUUUUUCUCGAGGUGCUGUAGAAUAUGCUUUAAACCCAUUUGAUAUAUUGAAGAAAUACAGAGGUCCAUCAAUUUGUUUAGAGGUUCAAAGGCCUUUAAGAAAGUAUGAAAUGGUUCAGCCGGGCUGCUUAAAAUUAAAAGGACCGGAUGGUAGAUACUACUUAAAGAGUUAUCAACAAUACUUUGUCAAGGAUGGCGAUAAAAUUAAAAGAAAGAAUCCCCUUGAUUGUUUCUCUCAGCUCAUACUGGUUGAAUAUCCUAAAAGUGCUGUAAUUGCUAUUCACAUCAAAGAUGGAAGUCAGAUACAAUAUAAGCUGACGGAGAUUAGGCUUAAUAUACUUCCAGAAACAAGUGGGAUACAAAAGGGUGACUUGGUUGAAUACAAGAUCACUGUUAAAGUAUUCUCCAAGGAGGUUGCUGUUCAAGUUUCAUACGGGAACCAUAACACACUUUUUGACUACGGGACAUUUUCUUUCUACAACGACAUUAACGGUUAUAAUUCUCACACAUUUUUGAAUGUUAUUAUUGAUGAUUAUUUGGUAGACUUUUGCGGGCUUUCUCCGUAUGCCAUAGAUCAGUUGUCAAUUGGACUCCAUGAUGUUCCUCCGCCCCCCGAAACUUCGUGUCAUCCAUGA